CGAUUUUCAACCGGAAGCACUUUGCGUAGAAAGGGAUUUGUUCCUGCGCGGUACUGUCUGUUUCACAUAAUGAUGAAUGAAGUAUUACUCAAAUAAGAUAUCUGGAUUUAGCGCACACUUUAAACACCCAUUACCAUAAAAAGCGACUGAGUGCGAGCGACGUUAGUGCAUACACAGAAUAAUUUAAGAACUUAUAUAAGUUUAUAGACCAGAACAGAGAUGGCUGGAAUUCUGUUUGAGGAUAUCUUUGAUGUAAAAGACAUCGAUCCAGAUGGCAAAAAGUUUGACAGAGUGUCUCGACUACACUGUGAAAGUGAAUCUUUCAAGAUGGACCUAAUCUUGGAUGUGAACAUUCAGAUCUAUCCUGUUGAUCUUGGUGACAAGUUCCGACUGGUUAUUGCCAGUACGUUAUAUGAAGAUGGAACACCAGAUGAUGGCGAGUAUAAUCCUCAGGAUGACCGGCCUUCUAGAGCAGACCAGUUUGAUUAUGUGAUGUAUGGGAAGGUUUACAAGAUUGAGGGCGAUGAGACUUCUACAGAAGCAGCUACACGCCUCUCUGCCUACGUGUCUUAUGGGGGACUCCUCAUGAGGCUCCAGGGGGAUGCCAACAACCUCCAUGGCUUUGAAGUGGACGCCAGGGUUUACCUCCUCAUGAAGAAACUGGCCUUCUAAACCCCAGUUUUGCUUGCACACUUACCUUGGUUCUUCCAAUGCCACAGUCAACCCCAAAGUCAUACUGAUGUGCAUAAUGAAAACAUUCAUAUUCUCAAGUCUGGAGCACCUGACCUUCUCCAAGAGAAGCUUACUGACAGAACAUAUGGUGGCUGUAGAAAACAUUUUGUUUUUAUUCUCAGUUACAAAAUGUUUUUUCCGAGGAGAUGGACUACAGACAAAAGACUGUGACACUUAGGAACUGCUGCAACCUCAAACUGUAAAUAAAGCUUUGUUUUAUACAAAACAGUUCUUAGUCCCCCACCCUGGGUCACACCAUAAUUAAUUUUUGUCUUGGCAUAUUUAUUCUUUUUAUAACCAUACACAACUGCUUAGGUGCUCUUUCAGACAUGUUGAAAUACAUUUUAUUUUACUUGUCAAAAAGAAUCUGAAGUAACAUGGUUUUUCAACAUGUAGUCUGCAGGCAAGCUGUCUUGCAAAAGUUAAGAGGACAUAAAGCUUUAUAAAGAGGCUGGCGCUAACUGGGCAAUGUAGCUCACAGGGCAGUGAUGUUUUGAUGAAGAUGAAUACAAUGUAUUAUGCACUGAAUUUAGUAUAUUCAUACUGACCAUGAAUUGAUGCAUUAUUUUUUCAUUUAUCCCUAAAACCAGUAAGUGAAAUAGAUAUGUGAAGGCCACAAAUACAUGGGCCACAGUUCUCUUUUGCAGUGCUACACACAGAAUUCACAUGACUGCUCUCCAUCACUGAACAUACACCAACUCACACAGACACACAAACAGCAUUGCAAUCAGUAUUCAACAUAUGUAUACAGGUCUC